GGAAAGUUCCGGCGGUUCCUGGGCUGUCAGCGCCUUUACCCUCCCGACUUCACUUCCUCCUGCAGCCCCCGCCGCACAGAGCCUGGGGAUCCCAGCAGCCAGCCUGCUGCCGCCACGCCCUGGCCUCUGCCUGCAGGGCCCAGCCAGUUUUUCCCUCAUCUGGGGCAGGGAGAAAGAAGGAACCCCUGACAUCUCCAUCUGCACAGAGAUUCCAGGUGGAUCGAGCAGGCUUUUCCCUUUAGGAUGGCCUCACCUUCCAGCCCCCCAGCUUUCAGGCUGGAGACAUCAGAUGGACCCCAAGAAGGUGGCACUGAGGGAGACAAAGGCCAGCCUGGGCCGCCCCCCAUGGAGUCUCCAUUUCAGGGUGAGGACCGGAACUCCUCUCCUCAGAUCAGAGUGAACCUCAACUACCGGAAGAAGGCUGAUGCCAGCCAGCAGGACCCCAACCGCUUUGACCGUGACCGCCUCUUCAGUGCUGUCUCUCGGGGUGCUCCUGAGGAUCUAGCUGGGCUACCAGAGUACUUGCGCCGGACCAGCAAGUACCUCACCGACUCGGAGUACACAGAGGGCUCCACGGGCAAGACGUGCCUGAUGAAGGCAGUGCUGAACCUUCAGGAUGGGGUCAACGCCUGCGUCCUGCCACUGCUGCAGAUCGACAGAGACUCCGGCAACCCCCGGCCACUGGUCAACGCCCAGUGCACAGAUGAGUACUACCAAGGUCACAGUGCCCUGCACAUUGCCAUUGAGAAGAGGAGCCUGCAGUGUGUCAAGCUCCUGGUGGAAAAUGGAGCCGAUGUGCAUGCCCGGGCUUGUGGACGCUUCUUCCAGAAGAGACAAGGAACUUGCUUCUACUUUGGUGAGCUGCCCCUCUCUCUGGCUGCAUGCACCAAGCAGUGGGAUGUGGUGAGCUAUCUCCUGGAGAACCCGUACCAGCCCGCCAACCUGCAGGCUGCUGACUCCCUGGGCAACACUGUUCUGCACUCCCUGGUGAUGAUCGCAGACAACUCUGAGGAGAACAGCGAGCUGGUGAUCUGCAUGUACGACAAACUCCUGAGGGCAGGGGCCCGCCUCUGCCCCACUGUGCAGCUUGAGGACAUCCAAAACCUGCAGGGUCUCACGCCCUUGAAGCUGGCUGCCAAGGAGGGCAAAAUUGAGAUUUUCAAGCACAUCCUGCAAAGGGAGUUCUCAGGGCCAUGCCAGGCCCUUUCCAGAAAAUUUACCGAGUGGUGUUAUGGACCUGUCCGGACAUCACUGUAUGACCUGGCCUCCGUGGACAGCUGCGAGGAGAACUCAGUGCUGGAGAUCGCAAAAUGGGAUCAGCUCAUGCCCAGGUUCUGCUUCAACUUCCUGUGUUAUCUGACCUAUGUGCUCAUCUUCACCGCUGUUGCCUACUACCAGCCAGCCCUGGACCAGCAGGGCAUAUGGUUGGAUUCGUUGUCCAAAGCCCCCUUGCUGCUGGUGGGCCACAUCUUGAUCCUCCUUGGGGGUAUCCACCUCCUCCUUGGCCAGGAGUUUGGGGGUACUGGCAAGUGUGGCCUGGGAGCUGACUGGAACCCUGCCCCAUACAGCCUAUUCCAGGCCCUGCUCACGGUGCUAUCCCAGGUCUUGUGUUUCAUGGCCAUUGAGUGGUACCUGCCCCUGCUUGUGUCCUCGCUGGUGCUGGGCUGGCUGAACCUGCUUUACUAUACACGGGGCUUACAGUACACGGGCAUCUACAGCGUCAUGAUCCAGAAGGUUAUCCUGCGAGAUCUGCUCCGCUUCCUGCUGGUCUACUUAGUCUUCCUUUUUGGCUUUGCAAUAGCCCUGGUGAGCCUCAGCCAGGAGGCCCAGGUGUCCAAACACACUGCAAACGUCAAUGAAACGGAGGCCUCACAGCCUGGGAUAGGACAGGAAGAUGAAGUGGCCCCCUACAGGAAUAUCCUGGAUGCCUCGUUGGAACUCUUCAAGUUCACCAUCGGCAUGGGCGAGCUGGCCUUUCAGGAGAAACUGCGCUUCCGUGGGGUCGUGCUGCUCCUGCUGCUGGCCUAUGUUAUGCUCACCUAUGUCCUGCUGCUCAAUAUGCUCAUCGCCCUCAUGAGUGAGACUGUCAACAGUGUUGCCACUGACAGCAGGAGCAUUUGGAAGCUGCAGAAAGCCAUCUGUGUCUUGGAGAUGGAAAAUGGCUACUGGUGCUUCAGGAGGAAGAAGCAAAGGUCAGGUGUUCUGCUGACGUUGGGAACUAGGCCAGAUGGAAGCUCCGACAAGCGCUGGUGCUUCAGGGUAGAGGAAGUGAAUUGGGCUGCGUGGGAGAAGACACUGCCCACAGUGUAUGAGGACCCCACAGGGCAAGGCAUUUCUGGCACCAUGAAGAAACCUGGCCUGUCUGCUCAACUCGAGGAGGAGCCUUUCUCACAGGAAGACCACCUGCCCCUGCAGGUGCUCCAGUCCCAUUGAUGGUCGGAUGCAGCAGGAAUCUUUCUAGCCACAUCUGCCAGUUCUGAGGCUCUUGAAUAUAAA